AUGACGACAAGGACCUCCCCUCACAUACCCUACAUAAGACAAUGCCUCUCCCUAGCGGAACAAUCACCCCCGAGACCGACCAACUUCCGAGUCGGGGCAGUCCUACUAUCCCGAAAAGACAACGACCCCACCUUCACAGACGACCGGAUCCUCUCAACGGGCUACACAAUGGAGCUCGCGGGCAACACACACGCAGAGCAAUGCUGCUUCUCUAACUACGCCGCAGUGCACAACGUCCCCGAUGACCAAGUCGGUGAAGUCCUCCCCAUCGAGCCCGGCCGCAAGCUCAUUAUGUACGUUACGAUGGAGCCGUGCGGGAAGCGGCUUUCUGGGAAUGCGCCGUGUGUGCAGCGCAUUACGCAAACGACGGAGGGCGGGCGAGAGGGGAUCCAUAAGGUUUAUUUUGGGGUUAAAGAGCCUGGCACGUUUGUUGGAGAGUCGGAGGGGUGUCGGAUAUUGACUGAGGCGGGCAUUGAGUGGGAGCAUGUUGGUGGGUUGGAGAGGGAGAUUUUGACAGUUGCUUUUGCGGGACAUGAGAAUUCGGCGGAGGAAGUUAGGGCUGCACUGGGGGAGAAAGAGACUAAUGUUGAUGAUAUUAGUGCUGAGGAGAGGAAGAGGCAAGAGGCGAUGCCGAGGAAUCCGCUGAAGAGGAUGAUGGAGGGAGAUAAGCAUCUAUAUCUAUAG